GUGAAUACUAAAUAGAUAGCACAGAGGGAAGCACGUUCUAUAAUUUCCCCAUUUCCAUGGGAUCCUGCCCGCCUGCCCUACCACUGUGCUCGUGUUCGUCUCAGCGAUCCUGAGGUGGAAGAAGGCAUUCUUCAGUCGCACGCCACUGGAGAGAGAGAGAGAGAGUCAGGGAGAGAAGCCUUGCAGACCGGUCGGUAAUGGCGUCCACGAAGGAACGUGACAGUUUCGUCUACAUCGCCAAGCUCGCUGAACAAGCCGAGCGCUACGAAGAAAUGGUGGAUGCAAUGAAGAACGUGGCGAAGCUGGACGUUGAAUUGACUGUCGAAGAGCGAAAUCUUCUUUCAGUGGGUUACAAGAACGUGAUUGGUGGUCGUAGGGCUUCGUGGAGGAUCCUGUCGUCGAUAGAGCAGAAGGAGGAAAGCAAAGGGAACGAUCAGAACGUAAAACGGAUCAAGGAGUACAGGCGAAAGGUUGAAUCGGAGCUUUCCGGCAUUUGUAGCGAUAUAAUGACCGUAAUCGAUGAGCAUCUCAUUCCAUCUUGUUCCGCAGGGGAGUCUACGGUGUUCUACUACAAAAUGAAAGGGGAUUAUUAUCGGUAUUUGGCCGAGUUUAAGUCUGGUAAUGAGAGGAAGGAGGCUGCUGAUCAGUCAUUGAAAGCAUAUGAGGCAGCUUCUAGUACUGCUGAGACAGAUCUGUCUCCUACGCAUCCAAUCCGGCUGGGUUUGGCCUUGAACUUCUCCGUCUUUUACUAUGAAAUAAUGAACUCUCCUGAAAGGGCUUGUCAUCUUGCAAAGAAAGCUUUUGAUGAAGCUAUCUCAGAGUUGGAUACCCUUAGUGAGGAAUCAUACAAAGAUAGCACAUUGAUUAUGCAGCUCCUGAGAGACAAUCUUACCUUGUGGACUUCUGACAUCCCGGAGGAUGGAGCUGAAGAAGCCUCAAAGGUGGAUGGUUCUGCUAGAGCUGCUGCAGGUCAAGAUGCAGAGUGAAGCAGCUUAUGCAGUGAAGCAGAUGGUGGCUUGGGGUUCGGCAGUCCAUGCCUGCUUAAUUCUAGGGAUGAUUUGUUUCGUAGUUUUGAAGAGUUGGGGAGUUUCAAGUUUGUGUGAUUUUGUCAUCAUUGUGUGAUGCCUGUUGCUGUGAUAGUAGUCCAAAUGUUUAGACCGUCA